AGAGAAGGUAGAGGGGGGAAAAGAGCCAAGAAGCAAAAGUCGGUGUUUGAACCGGGGGACGAGAAAAUAAAUCAUGCCGAAUCCCUGAAAUCUGCGUAUUUUUGCAUCUCCACGUCGUGCAUCGUCCACCCGUGCGGGCGCAGAGGCCGAUUGAGGGUGAAACCUCAUUGGCUGGUGUGACCCCCCCCGCCGGCCCGCCACCUCCCAAGGUGGGCCCUGAUUGGUCGGACAUGCCCUAGGGAAGCAAUCGGCACCCUCAGCUGAAGAGCUAAGCCCAGCAGUUUCCUCCCCCAUCCCCUACGUCACUGUUCAUUUCUUUGAUGUGAACUGUGAUUCCCUCCGUCCUAUUUGCUUUAGAGUACUAUGGCAAUGCAUGAUAUGAGUCGUGCCAAGGGUUUCCCCUGUAAAGAGUGUGAUAUGGUUUGUCCGAGUACUCCAAGUCUUCUAGAACAUAUGAAAGCACAUUAUCAGCAAGAAGAAAACGGACGUUUUGAGUGUGAACAGUGUGGCCGAGUUUACAAGCACGCAGCUAGCCUAGCCAAUCAUAAAAAGUCUCACGAAGUAGGUUCAUUCCAGUGUCCAGUUUGUACGCGUACGCUGCCAAACGCGGUAGCUUUAAAAAAUCACCUACGUAUCCAUACUCUGUCCCCCAGUAGUGCACACGCAGAAGAAGAGAGCGAAGAAGUUCCAGAGGAAACGGGCCACGACGAGAGGGACUACGGUCUCGCCCAAGACCUCUCGGACGGGUUUGGUCGCUCACAUUUGAAUAAUAGUGGUUUGGGACAUAGUGUCCUACAAGGCCACGAGACAGACAACAACGGAAAAAAAGGCUCUCCUGAGCACGACAACGCUUGGGACAGACCAUUCAAGUGUGACCAGUGCGAUAGAACCUACCGGCACCACGGUAGCUUGGUGAACCACAAAAAGUGUCAUCAGCAGGGAACUUUUAAGUGCUCUGUGUGUUUUAAACAAUUUAGCAACCUGGCUGCCCUAAACAGCCACGAGAGAACUCAUUCGAAGUUCAAGACCCCUGGUGCCUCAAUGGUGAGCAGCAGCAGCAGCAGCCUCCACGACUCGCGUAGCAGUGGCACACAUUCGUCUCAGAGCAACGAUACUGCCUCGUGCUUCUGCCACCUGUGCCAGAUAGCGCUGCCAAAUAAGACUGAUUUUCAGGAGCAUAUACUGCUGCACAACGCAGCCUCGCCCUCCCUUGGUCUGACGCGCAGUUUCCCUGGAAUCAUGGCCCACAAUCUGAGUGCGAUUCGAUCUCCAGCAUACACCCCUGCGCUGGGUGACCCUCUGCCCCUGCCACCCCUGCCCACUGACAAACGAGGCCCAUAUGACCCCAUUAUGGGCCCUCCAGUCAACAAUCCCAUCUACACAUGCGCAUACUGUGGCGCAGGACAUCCAGAUCUGGACACCCUAAAAGUCCACUAUCUGACCCAUGACCCUAACCCUGCCUCUCAUGGCCAGGAAAGCUCCAUUCUCAACUCAGACGCGCUUAGCUCUGGAUCACAGGGCUCGGUAUCCUCUCCCUCUGGAGGCCGGGUGCCCCAGGCUAAUUCUCCAGAUAAUGGAGAGCGGCGCUUCAAGUGUGGAGAGUGCGGCAAAAGCUACCGGCAUGCAGGAAGCCUGGUCAACCACAAGCGCUGCCAUCAGACAGGCCAUUACCAGUGCACAAUCUGCUGUAAGCAGUACCCCCACCUGGCAGCGCUACACAGCCACCUACGAAGCCACAAGGGGCGUUCUGCCAACCAGUCUUUAAAUAAUGAUGGCAAUGACUGGCUGUCUCCAGAGCCACUAACCCUAGACUCCCAGCAGAGCUACGUCCAGGAAGGCAGCGGCGCCACGACUCCAAUUUCCCUGCCAGGGAAUCUUGGUGAUGCGGCCCACUUCGUACAAGAUGGUGGCCACGGCAGUGGGUUGGAAUCUCUUGAGUUCCACGAUCGCUUUGAUGGCAGUUCACUUUCCCAGAGCAACUCUGCUCACCGCCAGGCAGACAGACAUGUGUGCGCAGACUGCGGCGAGAUGUAUGGAGAUGUAUCUGGCAUCAAGUCGCACAUGUGUCCUCGUCGUGGCCAGCAGCCGCAACAGCAGCAAGGGAACAUGUCUAACGGUUUCAUGGGAAACAUGAAUUACCACAGCUCCACUGCAACUUCACUGCCUGCUGGAAGCUCCAGCAGCCUGAAAGAAGGCAGCAGCCAGCGACAAUAUUCCCAGAGCGGAGGCAAGAGAAUGGGAAGCAAUGACAAAGAUGACGACGAUGAUGGAGAAGUGUAUCAGUGUUCGGUGUGCGGCAAUCACUACGCCAGCCUCCGAGCCCUCAGGAGCCACCUGCGUAGCCAUGCGAAUAACCCAACAGGGCCCGGACCUUCCUCCCUGGAGCAAGAGUGGAGGAUGAUCUGCUCCACCUGUGGCCAGAGCUUCUCAAGGAAGCAAGACCUACUGAAUCACCAGUUAGUCCAUGGCCCCCAAAGGCCGGAUGGCCAGCAACAGGGUAUUGUAGGCAGCUCAGCUAAUGGCAAUGACAAGAUGGAUGGACGCAACCAUAUUUGUGUUGACUGUGGCAUGUUUUUUGCCGACCGCCACCACUUGAUCACACACUUGUGCCCUGGCAAGAAUAGGUCUAGCUCCCUGAGCAAGCAGGGUCUGAAUGGAGCCAAAGGGAUGUCUGGAGGAGAAGGUGUCGGUGGUGGGGUUGCCGGUGGAAGCCGUGAGGUUGGUGGCGAUGGACGUAGGCCUAUGUUGGACCAAAGUGACAAGCCCCAUAAGUGCGACCAAUGCGGACGAGGAUACAGACACCCCUGCUCACUCCUUAACCACAAGAAGUCACAUAAGACGGGGGUUUUCCGCUGCUUGGUGUGCCAGAAACGCUACUACAAUCUGCUGGCUCUGAAGAAUCACCAAAGGACCCACUUUGAUCUAAAGAGGCACAAGUGUGAAGAAUGUGGAAAAGCUUUCAAGAUCCAAAAGCAGCUGAUCAACCAUCUUCGUCUCCAUGAGGAGCACCGAGCCAAAGGUCUUGUUCGGACUGGCCCCAAUGGUUCUCGCUUCCAGCAGCCUGGACCGUCUCAAAUGCAGAAUAUGAGAGGAGAACCAUCAAAGGCCCAGCAGACUGGCGUGAAAUAUAGCCAGCAGGGGUUCAAGAAACCCUACUCUUCAGCUGGAACUUCAAGGCCCCAGAAGUUUGAUCCAUCUGAAACUGGACGUCGGCCUUUUGCAUGCGAAGAAUGUGGCAAGACAUACCGACACGCAGGCAGCCUGGCCAAUCACAAGAACCUUCACAAAAUUGGGGAGUACCACUGCAACGUUUGCAACUCCACAUACCCCAACAGGCUGGCAAUGAAAAACCAUCUUCGUCUCCACUUUGCCCAGAAGAAACACAACUGCCAAGAAUGCGGCAAGGGCUUCCGUACCCAGAGGCAGCUAGCCACCCACACUACAGCUGGCCUGUGCAAAGGACCACAGGGCCCCGGAGUCCAGAUGGAUUUUGAGUGCGAUGGCUGCUGCGAAGGCUUUGCCACGGCCGAUGAACUUGCAGCCCACGACUGCCCGGCCCAGCACCUGCCUUCAUCCUCCUCAAGCAACAACACCCCCAAUAUCAGCUUAGAGAGAAGUUCUGUGGACCUGGACUCUGACGAGAGACCCUAUGCUUGUGACCUCUGCAGCUGUGCCUACAAACAUGCAAGCUCCUUGUUGAACCACAAGCACACCCACAAGACAGGCAACUUUCGUUGCAACUUCUGCGACAAGCCCUACACCAACUACAUGGCCCUACGCAACCAUAUGCGCAUCCACACUCAGCGGAAGAAGCACAUCUGCCACACGUGUGGAACCUUCCGGCUUGCCAGGUUCCUCCGAAACCACCAGAAGGUCCACGAGGAGGGCGCUACCCCCUUUGGCUGCCCCACCUGUGGGAAGAGUUUCCAGGGGAGAUCCGGCCUAGCCAGGCACCGCUGCGGUGACAACCAGGUAGGCAUGGAAAUCAGGAGGAAGGCCGCUGCACCCCCGGGAGAGGGCGAGGAGUGUCGGUACACGUGUGAUCAGUGCGGACGCUCCUACCGCCACGCCAGCUCCCUCCUUAACCACAAGAACACCCACACUGUCGGCAUCUACCACUGCGCCGUGUGCCUCAAGACCUACUCCAACCUGCUUGCCCUGAAGAACCACCGUCGUAUCCACUCAGAGAUGCGGCGCCAUCGAUGCCACGACUGCGGAAAGGCCUUCCGCGUUUCCUCUCAGCUAUACAACCACCGACGAGUCCACCAGAAGCAGCGGGAGCUCACCUGCCGCUCCUGCCAAAGAUCCUUCCCCACGCAGGCCAGCUUCAGGCUCCACAUGGAGAUCACCCAUGGCCAAACGCCGCAGCCCCGCCAGCCCAGACCCCAGCAGCCUCGGCCGGGGGGCUCCCAGGAGCUGGGCUGGGGGUCAGGCCUUGACCUCACAUUGAUGCAAGAGCAAGGACUGCACCCUAGCAGCAUUGCCAAAGCCCGCAGCCGUGGUGGCCACAGUGAGGUCCUCAAACCCCACGCCUGCGAUCAGUGUGGUCGCUCUUACCGCCACGCCAGCUCCCUCCUCAACCACAAGAACAGCCACAAGACCGGGACCUACUUCUGCAACUCCUGCCAGAAGGAGUUCCCCAACCUGAUGUCCCUCAAGAACCACCGCCGGAUCCACACCGAGCCCAAACGCUACCAGUGUCCCGACUGCGGGAAGUCCUUCCGUGUCUCCACCCAACUCAUCUGCCACCGCCGCAUCCACACCAAGGAGAAGCCGUUCUCCUGCCAGCAGUGCGACAAGCGCUUCUCCUCCAAGUCCAACCUGAGGCACCACAUGAAGGUGCACUGGAACGGAUCCACGGCGCCCCCUCCCAUGGCCAUGGGUGCGGCCAACUUCCUGGAUCUGAGUCCGGUGGGUUCCUGCUCCCGGAGCUUCGCCUGCGAUCAGUGUGGUCGCUCUUACCGCCACGCCAGCUCCCUCCUCAACCACAAGAACAGCCACAAGACCGGGACCUACUUCUGCAACUCCUGCCAGAAGGAGUUCCCCAACCUGAUGUCCCUCAAAAACCACCGCCGGAUCCACACCGAGCCCAAACGCUACCAGUGUCCCGACUGCGGGAAGUCCUUCCGAGUAUCCACGGCGCUCGUCUGCCACCGCCGCAUUCACACCAAGGAGAAGCCGUUCUCCUGCCAGCAGUGCGACAAGUUCUUCUCAUCCCGGGCCAACCUGCGCCACCACAUGAAGGUGCACUGGAGGGGGCCGCAGCUGUCCCGUAGGGCUCCGUCAGCCUUCCUCAGCGUCCCCUCCAGACCGUACACUUAGACCUCCAAUACAUUGAGGGAAACCAAUUUAAAUCUUCUAAAUAUCGUGCUGCAGGAAUGAGUCCUUAAAAUACUACCAUGAGUUAGCAUUUUAGCACUAGCUAUUCCCUCGUCUGGAAGUCAAUAGUUUGUUGAAUUAGUUUUUUUUUUUUAGAGGCCUGAGAUAAGGUAUGUGGUGAACAGAUUUUCAUGUUUUGCUCUACCACAUAAAUCAAGACAGUAAGUACCCCACUGGUGAAUGUCUGAAGCUUCUACGUUUUUUGAAAACCGUGUUUGCUAACGCUAGCUAAAUAAGACUAGUAAACGUCAUCAGCCAAACCUAAGCUACUUUUAGCUUAGCGGUGCUGACUUGAAGUCAUGUUACCGUCAUUUAGUUUGUUUAUAGUCUAACGUUAGCUUUUCCUUCUGGAUAUUCCAAUAGAAAAUCACAACAGUUGUGUCAAUUUGUAAACAUAGUUCUGCUGAACUAAACCUGUAAAGUAUCAUAAAUGUUUGUUUACCACAGAGUUUAUUUUCUGCAGUAGCCUAAUCCAAUUGAAUAAUCACCAUUGGCUUUUUGGGGAGGGAACCAGGGAGAUGCUAACUUCAUCUCAGCGCCACUUUAUCACGAGAUCUACCGUAUAUGACUUAAAUAUUUCACCCAGAAACAAAAUACAUUUUGAGAAGCAACUGCAUUUCCCCAACACACAGCCAAUUACAGAUCUCUUUGCAGCAAGCAUAGUUAAAAGAAACCUGAAUCAACGGUGUUUACAAAUUCUGUUUUGGAAAAAUUGAAGCCCAGAGUUUGACCUCUAAAUUCCACCAACCCACUUUUAGACAAAUCGUUGCAGUGGUUAACCGCCAUCGUGGAGAGGAGGCUACAGAUGGAAUAACAGGAGUGUGAAUUAUUUUUGGAAGUUAUCCUUAAACAAUCAGCAGCUAAAUGCAAAACUCUUCAGAUGUAAAAACUGUGAUUACACGAGACAGAAACAAUGCUGCAUUCAGGAGCUUCAGAUGAAAGAUUCCAACCUCUGUGAUGUGUUCAGGUUCAAGACUCCUGUUAACUUGGUACAAACUUUGAAGUAGAAGUGGAGGAACCGCAACGUCACCAUGGACGAACACAAGCACAUUCAGUGCUUUUUUCAUACUGCAGACGAUAAAGAAACAUACGGAAGCUCCGAGAGGCAAGUGAACUAAAAAAUCUGGUGAUACAUUUUCUAUAUUUGACCUGAAUAGAUUUCUGUUAUGAGUUGAGAACAGCUGAAUGACAAAACUUUGUGUCGUUUUUUUGGGGGAUGUAUUUUUCACCUUUGUUUGAGUCCUUUAAAAAAAAACCUGGUACUUUGCAGUUGGAUACGCCAAAUUAAAUAAAUUCACAAAGCUCCUAAAGUUAUUGGGAGGGUAUUAAUCAUUAACAGCUUCAUCACUGAAAACAGGUUAAAAAAAAAGGAUUGAAAAUUAGGAUUUUUUGAGAGUGUGUUUGUUAUUGUAAAAGGCAAACGUGCACCAGAAUUUGCUUUAAAAUAUCACUCAAAAAAGCAUUUAUUUUUUCUUCCAGUAGAGUUAAAGAAUUACAAGAGUUUAAUUUUAAACAUAAUUUAUUUUCUUUUAUAAAUGUUUUGUUAUGUUAUAACCUCGAUGUUCCAGGUUGGAUGCCAGCCGUGGGGCAUGUUACACCCCUCAAUGUUUAUUUUCUCACUUUUUCUACACUGAGAACUGUCAAGUAAAGGCAAAUUUCUCCCAAAAAUGUAUCUUCGACCUGUUGAAGACGUGAAGCAGGGAGAAAUAUUGGGAUGCCUUCAGGUACAGCUUUUAAAAUGAACUGAUUAUUAGCAUACCGAAAAAAAGUUGUUCCACCUUUAGGGAUUUACUAUGGUUAGACUCCACUGCGGAGCGUUUGAGGGCCAUCAGAAUCGAGAGCAUUCGGUUCUUCGCCGAGAGUUUUAGUUUCACAAUGUGAUGUCUGAUUUUAACAUUAAUGCCACGUGGAGACAAAUCUGCCACAUAAGUUUAUUUAUUUUUUAGAAUCUUAACAUUAUAUUGAAUAGUUCUGACCUGGGGAAAAAAGUUAUAUAAAUACCUCUUCAUAUUUUUUAUUCAAUCUUAUAAAAUAUGGUAGAGUUUGAACGUCAAACAGAUGGAAGCAAACUCCUGUGUGAAUUAUUUUAUUAAAUACAUGUAAAUUCUAAUUGUGGAAAUAGAAAUUCUGAAUUAUGACUAAGUGUCUCAUAACAAUAAGUGUGUAAUCAUUUUGAGAGCCUUAAUCAUUGGACAAUAUCUAAGUUACAAACUCAUUAUUAUGAUAAACUCUUAUAAGCACAACAAGUUUAUCAUACUUUUGCGUUUGUGAUGCUACCAGUUUCUUGAAAUCAUUACAAAGUUGUUAUUAUAAAAAAUAACACCUACAAAUAAAGAUAAAACUGUCUUACAAUUGUUCCCUUUGCUUAAAAAGGAUUUAAAAAAACAUUUUGUAUUUGAAUUGAAUAUCCCAUUUUUGGAUUUUUGUGGAAAAAAAAUCACCAAUAACACUAUGUCUGAUUAAUAAUAAAGUCAUUUGAUUAAUUCAAAGGAAACCAAAUAAUAAAGAAAAUGUAAAAUCUCCUAUAGUAAGAAUAAAUACUUUCAAAUCCAAAAGAGUUUCUACAUUAGGGUUUCUCAUAGUUAUACAAAUCUUUAUUGUGAGAUACUAAAUCAAAAUAUCUAAACAUUUGAAAUAAUGUUUAUUAACAUGGGAGAAUUUACACCAUACAAUGAAAUACAACUUUUUGUUGGUGGAUUUUUCUUCCAUGUUUUAUCUGAAUGUGAGCUUGUUUGAUUUCUGUAAUGGACAAAGCGGAUGUCGGGAGCCAUUUGGUUUUUGUCUCUGCAGGAAAUCAGCAAGUCGCCUGUCGACCAGCAAAACUAAAAACACUCUUCUGUGUUUUCUAAUAACUCAUCAUUUAAUAUUUUAGAAAGUGGUGGUAGUCUGUUUUCUACUAUCACAUGGUUUCAAACUGCUUCUCUUUUCUUUUUACUUUUGUAAAAUCAUUUAUCUGUGCAUAGUCAAGGGUUACGUGUGUUUUAUUGAUUCAUCAGAAAUGCUCAAGAUGGUUUGUGGUACAUUCCGACAGCUAAAGCCAGAAGUCGUGCUUCCACUCAAAUAUCGAGGGAAUUUAAGCAGACUUAAAUUUCCCCUUAGGAACUUCGUUAUUAUGAGAUACAUAGUCGUAGUUAUGAAAUACUUACUAAACAAUUUGUUUUCUUAGAUUGGGGGUUUUUCUGUUUCAUGUUUCCUGUUUUAUUUUGAAAUGUGUUUUCUCUUUCUGUCUUGUCCUGUUUUACUUCCUGUGUUUUCCCACCUGAUUUUGUUCACCUGCUGCCCCUGUGUUUCACCCCCCCCUCCCCAGCUGUAUGUUGUCUCUGUGAAAAGUCUUGUGUGUAUUUAGGUCUGUAUUCCCUUCCUUGUGAGACUGUCGUCUGUGUUCCUUCCUGUUUCCCCAAGUUCCUGUCUUUGUUUCUGCUCCGGUUCCUCGUGCCCUCUGGUUUGUACUUGUUUAGUUUUUUUAUUUUUGUUGUUGUUUUGUUUUACCUGGUCUUGACCCCCUCCUUUGUAUCAACUUUUUAAGUUAAGCUCAUCUUUUGUUUGAACUUUAUAUCAACUUCCUGUCUUUUACUUCGUUUGGGUCCUAUCUGCUAGUAAAUCCCUGACAGUAAUAAAACAGGAAACACAAACACCCACAAUCAUGACGUAUUUUUACUCUGUGAAUUUGAAACCUCUUAAAUGGCGCAAAAAAAGUACCGUGAAUAAGGCAUGUUGCUCCACGUGUUGUAACGUAUCCUCCUGGAAAGACUCCUAUGAUUCAUUUUAUUUUCAGAAAAAAAUGUUUUUCAUGUGUUUUCUUAGAUGUACAUUAGCAACACGUCUUAGUAUCCGCUCGUUCCAUAAAUACUGUCCUUUCAAAAUAAACUUCCGACUUCUAUGUUGCAUAUUUGAGGAA